AUGGAAAAUCAGAACAAUGUCACGGAAUUUGUUUUCAUGGGACUAUGGGGAAAUAAGAAAAUAGAGCCACUAUUCUUCUUCUUGUUUCUCCUAUGUUACCUGUCUGUAUUAAUGGGGAAUAUCAUCAUCUUACUCACAAUCACCUGUAGCCAUCUAAUCCAACAACCAAUGUACUACUUUCUCUGUCACCUUUCCCUCAUGGACCUCUGCUACACCUCCACUGUGGUCCCCAGGCUAGUCAGGGACUUAGCUGCAGCAAGAAAAAACAUUUCCUAUAACAACUGUAUGACCCAGCUCUUCACUGCCCACUUGCUGGCAGGUGUGGAAAUAUUCAUCUUGGUGUCUAUGGCUUUUGACCGCUAUGUUGCCAUUGUCAAGCCUUUGCACUACAUGGUCAUCAUGAACAGGCAGAGGUGUAACAUGUUAAUCAUAAUGGCCUGGGUUGUGGGUUUUUGGCAUUCUAUUGCUCUACUUCUCAUGGUACUCAAUUUACCUUUCUGUGGUCCUAAUAAGUUAGAUCACUACAUAUGUGAUGUGAAGCCUCUUUUGAAACUGGUGUGCAAAGAUAUUCAUGUUGUAAGUAUCUUAGUGAUUGCAAAUUCAGGGAUGGUGGUGCUUGCCAUAUUUCUUGCCCUAGUAGCUUCUUACAUAGUCAUAUUAUAUAAUCUUAGAGUACGCUCCUCUAUAGGGCGACAAAAAGCUCUUUCAACCUGUAGUUCUCACAUAAUGGUUGUAGUUUUAUUCUUUGUGCCCUGUAUCUAUACUUAUGCUCUACCUGCAGGGACUGAGAACAAGGAUAAGGAAAUCUCUCUGUUUUACACUGUGAUUGCCCCCAUGCUGAAUCCUCUCAUCUAUACCCUGAGAAACAUGGAGAUGAAAAUCGCCAUGCGGAAGGUAUGGUCUAAAGUGGUACAUUCAGAUUUAAAGUAA